AAAAUAUAAUAUGUGUGUGUGAGCUAGAGAGAUAGAAAAAAAAAAAGAAUCAUAACCUGACACUUGAAAUAAAGAUAGUUUCAUAUUCGAAUAUUAUACCGCAAUCUUAUGCAAUUUUAAACAAUAAAAAAUAAAAAUAAUAAGUGUCAAUAAAUAUAUAAAUAAUUAUGUUAAUAAAUCGAUUGAGUGCUCUGACCUAUCAGUUAACUAGGAGGUCCUUGUUACAAAGGGUAAUUUCUAGAAGUAGUACUCAGUCAACACAAAUUAAAAAUAAGAAGCGCGACGAUGGCGAUGAUGAUGAUGAUGAUGAUAAAUCCAAGCCGAUUCCAUAUUCAACAUCACCUGCAGCGGAAUGGCUGGCUCAAUUUAGUCAACAAGGUGGCAGAAGAGAUGAACCUUGGUAUCAACCAUACAUUGUUCUUGUUAGUUCUUUUACAUUUUUUGUUUACUUUGUCUAUCUGAGAGAAGCUAAUGAUUAUGACGAACUAUUAGAUAGAGAACUGGGCGAUCACUUUCCUGACCUCAAAGAAGCUGAUAUUAGAAGGAAACUUCCCCCAGAAAUUGUUAAUAAAAAAAUUUAAUAAUCUAGAUUAUUGUCUUAUUAAAUAAAUUAAGUUCUCUACUAUUAAUGUAA